AAUGUUAAAAUGUUUUUGUUCCCCAACACCAGCCACCUCCAAUACUUCAAAUAUUUGUUCUUCAUCAGAAUUAAAUUGUUGUUGGCUUCAAUCAUUAGAAUUAUUUGUUGGCAACCCAACUACAGAAUCUCCUCUUCCUUUAUUUUUUAAUCAGCAACAAAAAAUGUAA